ACCCACGAGUGUCUUCGAAUCGCCGUUGCCCUCGCCGAAGGCCAUCCAUUGAACAUGGGCGAAUUCAUCCUUGGACACCUCUACCGAUGCAUGCAUACCAUGAUAAAAAAUGGCAAAGUCAAGGCACACCGAUGUUCCAGUGGGCCGAUGUGGAUGAUCCAAGCAUGGCUGUUUAUGUACUUCCCAGAUAUCGUCACACUUCCAGAACGAUCUUCAGACAUAUGUUUUGGAUACACCAUCUUUCAAGGGGUCGCCACCUUACCUCAUCUCAAAGAUGUCAUCGCCUACUUUUUGGACACACGUGAAUCGCCUAACACUUGGUGCCCGAUACUUAGCUGGCGAUUCCCACCCAAAUGGCUUACCUACGGUUGGGAAAUAACUGACGACGAUGACAUUGAUGAAGACACCUACUCCCAAUGGUGGGGAAACUGGUGCAACGCCCUAACAAGCCGCAACCUGAUGAUCGGCAAUAACUUCAAACACAGCGGGUCCGAAGCUUACUGUCCGAACUACCUGUCAAGGCAAUUCGGCUAUACCCAAGCGAUUCCAUGCCCGUUCUUAAUAGACAGAAACGAACAAGGGCUUACUCGCUCGGCCUUACCAACUCCUAGAUAUGUUGGGUACCUCGGCCAACUGCAUGAAGCCUACUUACCUUCCCCAGACGAAUUACCAAUUCCUGACGGGAACCCUUCUUCAACAAAUGAGUUCGAGGAGUGGUGGGAGAUAGUAAUCGGGAUCAACUUUGGAUUAUCGGCAGACGAAAUACUUAAACUGAAUAUUUUUCAACUUCCUGAAACGAAGCGAAAACGUACUCACGCCGAUGUUUUUCUUUUACAGGUGCCGCAGCAGAAGAAGAGGAAAGGUAAUUACGAGCAUCACCUUGAAAUCGUUAAAUUUGAGCGCUUUUACAAAUUCAAGUAUGACCCCACAAAUCGCCCUCUUUUAAGCUUAAAAAUGGAAAACCAUAGAAGAGAAGCGUGGCGAAAAUAUGUCCUUAAAUGGCGGAAAGUGUGGGAGAAAAAAUAUCCGCAUCGCCCUUACCCAAUUUUCCAAAAACAUAUUCGCCCAUCUUUUCUUUAUAAAGCACCCUUAGUACCAAAUUCUGAAAUUAUGUUAGCGAAUAAGUGGCCGAAGUCUCGUCCUAACAAGGUGACAUUUACUGGUUAUUUUGUGCCAGGUGAUUGCAAAGACAUCGCCGCCCUUGUCAAGGAACUGAAAGUGCCUGCUGAGGUAGAAGCCGAGAUUGAAGGAGCGAUUCCUUCUGAAGACGAGGAAGACGAACAACCUCUGAAGAGGAAAAGAACUGGGAAAUCGCCAGCAGUACUGCAAACUGGUAGGAAACCGAAGCCACAACCAAAAAAGGCGAAAUCGGUUGUCGUUCCGCUGAUUAUCAUACCGGAGGCGAUUCCCUUGAAACCACAAGGAAAAGAACCCUCAAAGAAAAGCAGCAGCACCAGGAUAUCCAUAAAGAUGAGCGGGGGCUCGGUGGAUCGCCCAACUGCGGUUGAAUCGCCUGCUUCGGUGACUGCUGCCGCGACAGUUUUGGUUCCUGGCCCUUCGAGUCUGAAGCCAAACAUCUCGCGCACCGAAGCUUUAAAGGUACAUCCCUUAUAAUCUUCAUUUAUCGCUCAUGACCCCGUAAUCUAACUCGUACCUUUCUUGCAGACUAAACUCCUCGCCUUUGACUCCGAUACGGAGAGCGACGAAGAGGGCUCCACCGAAAGUUCUUCCAACUCCGAGCCAGAAGCUGGUGACUCGGCAAAUGACGUGGAGCUCCAUCUGAAUACCAUGGCAGCUAUGAAAACCAAAGGGAUCCAGGUGCUGGGCGAUCCUGACGAAGCUGAAUGCAUGAAAACAUCGCUGGAAGCCCUUCUUGCUGUGAAAGAUGUGAACAAGGUCCCUGAAUCAGCCAGGACGACAAUCGCCAGGGUGGUGAAAGAGCUGCCGAACUUGACGAAGCUUUAUAAAGAAGCCGCCCCUGCCAGAGCUUCAUAUGAGAAAUCGCUGGAGACCAAGCGCAAGCUUGACGAUGAGUUUGGCUCUCUGAGGUCGAAUGCUAAGAAAACAUCUGACAAACUCGCCCCUCACACCACAAAAAUGGAUGAACUAAGAUCCAAAA